ACUGCACACAUGAUUAAUACAAUUUACAAACAGCAAAAUGGUUGUCAGCUUUGUCAUUGCAAUUUAGCUGGCCUUUCACGUGUUUAAUAUGCAGUGGGUACGUUCAUUAUUCAAAGCAAGCAGACGUCUAGUUGGUACAGAUCUGGAUGGUAACAAAUAUUAUGAAAUACUUCGAGGUAUAUCCAAUCAAACCUAUGGCAUUAAAAAACCUAGAAGAGAGGUUGUAACAAAGCAGGCCUUAAAACAUGAAGAGUAUGAAUCUGGUGUUAUUCCAACAGAAUGGGAAGCUUGGCUAAGAGGUUCGGUUGAUACUCCACCAACGCAUGAGGAUUUGUUGAAGAAGCAACGGCAACAAAUAAUGUUAUCAAAAAAGGUACACGAAGUUAACCAGCGGGAUAAACAGCUUCAAGAACAAGAAUAUACCGAGGGAUUAGUGGCUAGGCCUGUGGGUCAUGCAUCGUCGACAACAUAUGGAAAUAUAGAGUCCUCUGCCGAACCAAGGACAUCUGGAAGUCAAUUUCGACCUGGAGUCUGGGGUAAACAGUUAAAUGCGCGAGAAGGGACUGGUAAAGAAGAUGAGAAGGAGAAGUAUGAACCAGAGGCAUGGAAACCACCAUAAUACAUCUGGAAUCUGGAUCGAGCAGACUAGGACGCACAGCAACAACGCAAUGCUGUCGCCAAAAGUGCAAUGAAUCUACUAUAGAAAGAAAGGAAAGUGAAAGUCCAUAAUUGAGUUGUAGCCUUUGUCCUCGCUCUCAAAAAGGCAUAUCGAAUACAUAUUGUCCAUGUAAUCGCCUAUUUCAGCUGUAUUUAAUUUGUAAGAAUGAUACAAUUAACAUGCUGUAA